GGUUCGCAGUUUCACUCUAGAAUUCGUACGGUGCACACGUUAACACUAAGAACCGGUUGAAAAAGUGAUUUGGUUUACUUUUGCAUUCGUUGUUGAAGCUGAACAGCAUCAGCUGUUUUAUCGAGCUUGUUGAGCGUUGUCGUUGGAAGCCUAAUGCUGUUCUAGUUUUAACAACCCAUAGCACGACAAAAUGUUGAGGAUUGUACGGACAGUUCCGGGUGCCGUGCGAAGGGGAGGAUCUUGGUCGGAGUGUGGAGAUCUGCCGUUUCGAUAUGGUUUCGGAAAGAUUGGCUCCAGCGCUUCUGUGAGGUCGGUGUCUAUCGGAGGAUGUGCGCAGCAAGUUGGUAUUAUCAGUAGGGCGCUGUCAUCGCUGGCAGGCGAAAAGGGCGAUACGACUCAACAGAUCUCAUCGAGCCGGAGCAGCAGCGGUAGUAGCAGUGCGAACACGACAACCGGCAAAAACAGCCGCAGCAGUAGGAAGUGGCAGCAAGAAACGGACUCUCCUUUGACCGACAACUUCGGUAGGUUUCACAGUUAUCUGCGAAUAUCGCUCACGGAAAGGUGCAAUCUACGUUGCAAGUAUUGUAUGCCCGCCGAAGGGGUACAGCUAACGCCCAAGGACAAUCUACUCACAACGGACGAAGUGCUCCGAUUGGCCACUCUCUUCGUCGAGCAAGGCGUACGGAAAAUCCGUCUGACCGGAGGUGAACCCACGGUGCGAAAAGACCUCCCGGAAAUCAUCGAACGACUGAAGCGCAUUCCCCUGCUGGAAAGUGUCGGAAUUACGACGAACGGCCUCAUGUUGACCCGACAGCUUGUGGGCCUGCAGCGGGCCGGCCUCGAUGCGCUCAACAUCAGCUUGGACACACUGAAGGCGGCCAAGUACGAACAGAUCUCCCGGCGCAAGGGAUGGGAACGGGUCAUCGCCGGAAUCGACCUCGCCAUCCAGCUGGGCUACAAACCGAAAGUGAAUUGCGUUCUUAUGAAAGCUUCAUCACCAUACAUAUCAUCAACAUCCGGCAGCCAGCGGCCAUCGUUUGGCAUACGCCAUUUCUCCUCCCUAAGCCACGUGGACGAACGCACCGGUAAGGCAACGAUGGUCGACGUAGACGACAAGGAAUCGACAAAACGGGAAGCCAAGGCACAAGCCACCAUCUACGUGGGACCACUAAUCUCCUCCCUGAUUGAAAACAACGAACUCAAAAAAGGUGACGUACUCUCGAUUGCCCAGAUGGCGGGAAUCGUCGCUGCCAAGAAGACCUCCGAUCUGGUUCCCCUGUGCCACAAUAUCCCACUUUCGUCGAUCAAGGUGGAAGCGAGCCUAAACUCCUUCACGCACGAAGUCAACAUCCUGACCAAGGUGAAAUGCGACGGCAAAACCGGAGUCGAGAUGGAAGCCCUGACGGCGGCCUCCAUCGCUGCGCUGACCGUGUACGACAUGUGCAAAUCCGUGUCGCACGAAAUCCUGAUCAAGAACAUUAUGCUGGUGGAGAAAACCGGCGGCAAAAGCGACUACUACAAGCUGGCCAACAAGCCCAAAGUGGAGAUUAGGAACGACGAUCCGCCGAUCGUCGUCAAGCGAUACAAGACUGAUCCCAUCACAAGCCACGAGGAAUUCGUUCCGACUCAUAUUUAAACAACCUCUAACAAGUUUUAAACUAUAUGUGCCUUUGAAUCCAAAAAUUUCAUUUUUAUUUUGACCUCUGGUAAAUUUGAUUUGGAUGAAUUUACUUACAAUUAGCAUACGAUCUGUAUCCAGAUUCAAAAAACGUAUUUUCUUAAGAUCAGUCAUAGGAUUGACCCCAAUCGAGGCCCAUCUUGUUGCAUCCACGAGAUAUCGCCUGCAAGCUAACCACCAGUUCCCCGUAGCUCUCCGUCGCCAGGCCCUUAUGCUUAGAUCCAUCCGCCAGAAUCUUCGGAUCGCGCAUUUCCGCAUUAACUCCUGUAAUCCAGCUCAUGGCCGCCGACCAAAUGUUGCUGAACUUCGGCACAAAAAGCGGUGCACGUACGGUCCUCUUCAUUCCCAUCAGGGGGCAGUGAAUCCUGGCGUAGCCCCGGUUCGUCUCCACAUUCCACAGAUUGUUCCCGUACAUGCUGAACACAAUCUGCGGCCACCCGUACGGGUUGGUCGACUUCAUCGUGAACUCCAGCGGCAUAUUGAACACCACGGUCCGGUAGUUCCCUUCCGGUUUGGCACUCUGCGUUAUGCCGGAGCGCAUGCCGGACACCAGCUCCCAGUCCGGUCCCGCCACGACGUCAUACCGGCAGAACAAAGAGCCACUGUCGGGUCCCAUCGGGAAGUAGGCCGAUUCCAGUUGACCGGAAACCGCCAAAUGGAAGUAGCUUUCGCUGUCUCCGGUGUUACGCCGGUGUGUGCCGUCACCAUCUUCGCCCCUGGUAGAUUCUUUCAUGAUCACUUCGAAGAAGAUGUACUCGGAAGUUUCAAACAACAAAGCAAUCGUUUGCGGCUCCCGUUGCCAUUGGUUACCGGUUGGUUCGAGCGCGUGCGCGUACAGUUUUUGAGAGUUGCAUGCAAGAUGCAAUUAUUGUCGUAAUGUCGGAUGUUUUCCGUUGUUGUGAGGAAGGUCAGGUUCUUUUAAAAAAAUUUAAGUUUCCAAUAGACAUAUAUAAAGGUUAUAACUGCAUUUUAAAGUAAAUUCAAACAUUUUUUUUUCGUUUCUUCAAUGUUGGCGCUCAAUCUUAACUGUUUCUGCUGAAUCAUAUAUGCAUUAGCUUUAGAAAGUAGUUUUGUAAAUAUUUUAAUAAAUAUAAACAUU